AUGUCAAGUUCUGAGGAGUCACGAAAAGAAACUGGAUGUGAUUUUAAUGACAUCAAACCAAUUAAAGUAUUCGAAUACCCAGAUCAAGCAUCAAAAAUUAUAUGGGGCGUCGAUUCCAAUAAUAUUUUACAAACAUCUUCACAAAUUAUCGGAUUAAUUGCAAAUAACAAAAUAUCUAUCCAAAUGGCGCUAUAUUUGAUUGAUAUUAUUUCACAAAUUUGUGUUAAAGAAAUUAAAUUACUUUCAGAAAUUUAUCAAAAGAUAUCAAACGAAUUCUCAUGCAUCAUCCAGCCGAAAAAUUUGAAACUGGCAGCAUUAUUAUAUUAUAAAGGCCUCAAAUUUAAAAACUUCAAACCUGAUAUGGAAGAAGAAGAAAUUCUGAAUUUAUAUUCAACUAAAUCUCCUUUAUACUAUAUUGCAUGGGACAAAGUUGAUGAUCUUAAGAGUAAAUUCCCAAAUCUUGAUAUUAAUCAGAAGAUUAAUGAUAUCAAACUACUUGAUUGUGCAAUUAAAUAUGGAUCAGAAUUAUGUUUCAAUUACUUGAAAAAUUUAGGAGCUCAAUACACUAAAUACUCCGAAAAGUAUGCUGUUCAAGGUGGAAAUAAAGAGAUUUUUAUGCAUAUGAUAGAAGAUGGUAAAUCAUUUGAUAACAUGAUUAAUACAGCAUUGGAUUAUCGAAACUAUGAAAUUGCUGAGUACCUUAAAUCAAAUUUCGGACAAACUCCUGAUUCAAUUGCAGAGAGUAUGCAUUACGGAAAUUAUGAUAUUGCAUCUUAUUUACUUUCUAAUGGAGAAGAUAUCAACAAAAUGUAUAAUCUCUUUUUCUCCAUAUUUAACAUUUUUUAUGACAUUAUAUUUCUCUUCAUAUUUAUCAUUAUUUUAUGA